CUUGAGCAACAGCAUAUCACUGCCGUAGAAGGCAUCGUACCCACCCUUCAGAACAUUGUCGCGACGGUGAAUUUAGACUGCCGCCUUGAUUUGAAGACCAUCGCACUCCAUGCUCGUAACGCUGAAUAUAAUCCAAAGCGUUUUGCAGCCGUUAUCAUGCGUAUUCGUGAACCGAAGACGACUGCUCUUAUUUUCGCGUCUGGCAAGAUGGUCGUGACUGGCGCCAAGUCAGAAGACGAUUCACGCCUUGCGUCGCGCAAAUACGCGCGUAUAGUGCAAAAGCUUGGUUUCGACGCGAAGUUUUCCGAGUUCAAGAUACAGAACAUUGUCGGGAGUUGUGACGUCAAGUUCCCCAUUCGCUUGGAGGGCUUGGCUUACAGUCACGGACAGUUCAGCAGUUAUGAACCCGAGUUGUUCCCUGGUCUUAUCUAUCGUAUGAUUAAACCCAAGGUCGUGUUGCUGAUCUUCGUGUCGGGCAAGAUUGUCUUGACAGGAGCUAAGGUCAGAGAAGAGAUUUACACCGCCUUCAACACGAUUUACACUGUGUUGUGCGAGUUCCGCAAGCCUUAA